GGUCAGUCGCAGUACUUCAGGUCCCUGACGCGUCACAUUAGCAGCGCAUUAAUACUACACUACCCACACCCCCCCGCGUCGAGCCAUGUUGUAGGAAAUCCGCUGCGCUGGAUUAUUCUAAUCCGACGGGUCUGGACGACACAUCGGAUCACGACCGCCGAGAGAAGCUCCAUCCCGCGGCCUGUGGCAGAUGCAGCUGGUCCCUCGGAGCUAAAGUUGGGAUGAUCCGCGGCUCUGCUCGCUGCCGCCGCGGCCACUGAUCCGCGCUGCUCGGGCCGUUUCCUGGAGCCAUCCGUCCUCUGACAGCGGCUCGGUACCACCGCUCCUCGGGGCAGAGAGGGGACCCGCCGCGACUCGAACACGUCUCCACCCGCUCCCCCCCGGCGCGGUUAGCUCCAGCCCGGCUCGGCUCGGCUCGGGUGUCCUGUCCGCGGACCGAAGCGCUGCUGCAGCUCGCUCCCUGCUAGCUAGCGCGGCUAGCUCGCUCCAGCUAGCUAAGCUAGUGAGGAAUCUCUCAAGUUUAGUCCGGAACACAGCGAACAUCCAGCGGCUCAUCGGGAGGGAGGAUGUCGGCGAAAGAGCCAAACAAACUGUCCACCACCGAGCGACCUGUCAAAGCGGUGCCAUAUCCUCCUGGUACACGCCUGACGGUCAAAGACCUGUACGUGGAUGGGAGGCCCAGCGUGGAGGUGCUGAAGGCUCAUCUGGUGAAGGAGGGGCGUGUGGAGGAGGAGACGGCUCUCCGGAUCUUAAACGAGGGAGCAGGGAUUCUCCGCCAGGAGAAAUGCAUGCUGGAGGUGGAAGCCCCCAUCACAGUGUGUGGAGACGUCCACGGACAGUUCUUUGACCUGAUGAAGCUCUUUGAGGUGGGCGGGUCCCCCAGCAGCACCCGCUACCUGUUCCUCGGGGACUACGUGGACAGAGGCUACUUCAGCAUCGAGUGUGUUCUGUAUCUCUGGGCUCUGAAGAUCAACCAUCCCAACACGCUGUUCCUCCUCAGAGGAAACCACGAGUGCCGACACCUCACAGAAUACUUCACCUUCAAACAGGAGUGUAAAAUAAAGUACUCUGAGCGUGUGUAUGACGCCUGUAUGGAGGCCUUUGACUGCCUGCCUCUGGCCGCGCUCCUCAACCAGCAGUUCCUGUGUGUGCACGGGGGCUUGAGCCCUGAAGUCACCUGCCUGGACGACAUCCGGAAGCUGGACCGGUUUAAGGAGCCUCCUGCGUUCGGGCCCAUGUGUGACCUGCUGUGGUCGGACCCGGGGGAGGACUACGGCUCAGAAAAGACCCAGGAGCACUUCUGCCACAACAGCGUCCGAGGCUGCUCUUAUUUCUACAGUUACCCGGCAGUAUGCGACUUCCUGAUGAACAAUAACCUGUUGUCUGUAAUACGAGCACAUGAAGCCCAGGACGCAGGGUAUCGAAUGUACAGGAAAAGUCAGACGACAGGCUUCCCUUCUUUAAUUACCAUCUUCUCGGCUCCUAACUACCUGGACGUGUACAAUAACAAAGCUGCGGUGCUGAAAUAUGAGAAUAACGUGAUGAACAUCCGGCAGUUUAACUGCUCCCCUCACCCCUACUGGCUGCCCAACUUCAUGGACGUCUUCACCUGGUCCCUGCCCUUCGUCGGAGAGAAGGUGACGGAGAUGCUGGUGAACGUGUUGAACAUCUGCUCUGACGACGAGCUGAUGUCAGAGGGAGACGACGCUGGUGAAGGCGGAGCUGCGGCCCUCAGGAAGGAGGUGAUCAGAAAUAAGAUCCGGGCGAUUGGGAAGAUGGCUCGUGUCUUCUCUGUGCUCAGAGAGGAGAACGAGAGUGUGUUACAGCUGAAGGGUUUGACCCCGACAGGAACACUGCCUGUGGGAGUUCUGUCUGGAGGUCGGAGAACUCUGCAAAGCGCCACCGUAGAGGCAGAAGAGGCACGAGCGAUUCAAGGCUUCAACCCGCAGCACAAGAUCCAGAGCUUCGAGGAGGCGCGAGGCCUCGACCGCAUCAACGAGAGGAUGCCGCCUCGCCGCGACAGCAAGCAGGAGGCCCCCCCCUCCCUCAACAACCUGCCGGCCAGCCCCGGACCUCCGGAGAAGAACGGCACCAACGCACAGGCCUAGAUCCUCCUUCACCUCCCCUCUCCUUCCUCCUCCCCUCUCCUCACCCCCUCUCGCUUCUCCUUUCAGAGCAGGAGACAAGGCAGUUCAGUCCGAGCGAACGUCACCGCGCUUAAUUUAUUUCUUCAUCCAUUAAAUAUCAUAGAUCCGACUGAACGGGAUAAAUCUCAUUGCACUUGGACAAAUCGCUGCCACGUUCCAUCUGGAGCCUGCGAUUUUUUUUAUCUUGAUUAUUUUUCAUUUUGUGGAGGAAGUGACGCUCAUUGAAACGCUGUGUUUGUGCCCACACAUACACAUACACACACAGACACAGACACACACAUGCAUACACGCACACACACACACAGACAUGCAUGCACACACACACAGUCAGAUCCAUCCUUUCUUAUGCCAAUGAUAGUGUGACUGAGCUCUGACGAGCGAGUAUUGACAUUUAUAUUAUAUCUGUACAUUUUAAUUGUUCCCUCUUUUCAAUGUGAUGUUUUUUUUUUACAACCUAUUGAUUAAGGAUUAAUUAUUCAGAGCGGGGGAGCAGGGGUGAGGGAUUUAAAGGGUCAUCCCGCUUUAUUGCAACGAAAGUCGUGAAGUUUAUUAGAAACUGUCGGAAUCUGAACUCAAGGUCAACUCACCUGCUUCUGUCUCGUGUUGUCAUGGUAACAACCUUGAGUAAAGAUUUUAUUUCCGUAAAUGGCGCGUGACCCCUGACCUGCAGGACGACAGGUUUGUGAUUUCCUGCUCGUAAAAACACCAACCGAUGUGAUUAUGAAUAACUAUAAGAUCGUAGAUCAUCUUUAUUAGUAUUAUUAUAAGUAAUCGUUUCACAAAGACGUUUUUACAGUGAAAACUAAAGAAAUCAAAUCUUCAGAUGCGCGGCUGCGUGUUUGUCCUGUUCGGUUUAGAUACGCGGAUCCUGAACAGGAAGUAAUGUCCGACCAAAGGUUCAAAAAGAAUCAUCACGUAUAGUUUUUUGUCAUUUCCGUUAAAUUUGGUUCAGUUAGAGUCUGGUUUGUUUUCGCUGGACGGAGCCGUCGCACCAUAUUCACACACCGACGGAGAACGUGAGCUCAGUUCAGUCGGGAUCACGUUCUGGAGCGUUUGGUGUGAACGUGGAUUCUCCUCGUUCACACCAAACAUGAUGGAGCCACUGAUACUAAACGUUUUCACGCUACGUCACGCGCUGUGCGUUUCUUAGGAACGUUGGUUGGACUCCACAGCGAACGGGAAGGAAGCUCCAAAUAUGGUCGGGUGGGCGUGGUUUGGCUUCCUGUUUUCUCUCUAGUUCAGCACAUGACCUUUACCUUUCGAGGACGUUUAGGAGAGUAAUGUCGGCAGCAGGUCACGAGCGCCCCGGUGCACCGAGGCCCGACCUGGACGUCCGUGUUCGCUCGUCUGCUCGUUUACAAACAGAGAUUUUCCGUGUCCGACGCCAUUUUUCUGUCACCGACGAUGAACUAAAACAUCGGUAGUUUAAGUUGCACUGAAGCGCGAUGAUCCUUUAACAGGAGAGCAGUAUCUGGGAGGAGGAGACGGUUUCCGUGGCGAUGAUGAACCCGGGUGGGUUUGAUUUAUUGAUUAGUGUUUUUGUUUCGGGGAGGUGGGUGGAGUUCGUUGGGAUUUUGUCGGGAACAUUUCUGAACAUAUCUCACAGAAUGUACAGGAAAAAAAAAAAGAUAAAAUCAAGAUUUGCUUUUUCUUUACAGAUAACGUUUUGUUGAGUACAUGUAUCGCGAGGCCUCAUUUAUGUAGAUGUUUCACUCCAUUCAAAUAAAAAACAGAAAAGUA